GCAUUUACUGUUUUACUGCCAGGCCUUCCAAAACACUCCCACAGCAUGCGCUUUCCAACCGCUCAGAUUAUUCUGAAUCAUUUCACUUAAGGGCCCAGAUGCUACCUGUCUGUUGGCCUUUGCUGAGAGGGUGAUUAAGGCAGGCUGGUGUUGGAUAAAUGCGCCAUACUUCUGCCUGAACGGUGGCGUCUCUUUAUCUGUCAUCAUGUCGUGUGAACCUCGCCCCCAACGCACCCACUCUGCAGUCACCGCCUCCUUUGUUGCUGUUGUCACCGGUUGGGGAGCUUUUACUUCUUCAUCAGAGUUGUGUUUGCAUCAUGGAGAAGGAGCUUAGCCUGGUGUUCAUCUCUGACCAGCUGAAUUUGCCAAACCUAAGCGGAGAAGACACCAGGAUGGACGCCCAGGUGGGUUGCUGGCUUUAGAAGUCCCCGUUUGAUCGGUCAUGGUAAACCUCGGGAAAUCUUUGUGCCUCAGCAGACUUGUCUAAAAUGGUGGAUCUUACGGUCACAGACUGUGUUGCUCUAUCUGUUUACAUCUUCACCUUCCUCCUGGGCCUUCCUGCCAACCUGCUCGUCUUCUUCGUCUAUAUCCGCAAGGCUCGCAAACAUGGCGCCACGCCCAACGUCGUCUAUGCCCUUAACCUCUGUGUGGCCAACCUGGCGUUCAUGGUCUGGCUGCCCGUAAAGAUAUUAGAGACACUGCUAAAGGACUGGAUGCUGCCGCCACCCAUGUGCCCAAUUUACAGCUUCUUCCUCUACCUCUCGAUCUACGUCAGCUGCCUCUUCAUCACCGCUGUCACAGUCGGGCGCUACCUCAGCAUCGCCUUCCCCAUCGUCUACAAGAGAUACCGCCGGGCACGACUGUCAUGCUACAUUUGCGCCUCCUUGUGGUUGUUGGUGAUGGCACACCUUGGGAUUGGCCUGGUUGCUGAAGGCGACGCUUAUUUUGUUGUAGUGGAGAAUGACGUCUCCGCCUGUUACGACCAUUUCAACGCGACACAGCUGAAGGUCCUGCUUCCUCUUCGCUUGGAGAUGGCUGUUGUCUUGUUUAUAUUCCCUCUAAUUGUGACUUCCUUUUGCACGCUGCGAUGCGUCCUUCUGGUUUGGCGCUCAAAUUUGCCUUGUUUGGGGAAGAGGAGAGUCCUGGCGGUGGCGCUGUCCACGCUGGCUGUGUUUGUGAUCUGUUAUGCUCCCUACAAUGCCUCGCACAUCGUAGGGUUUGUUCAGCAUAAAAGUGUUGAAUGGAGGACAAUAGCGAUGCUGACCAGCUCCUGCAAUGUUUUCCUUGAGCCAGUGGUGAUGCUGAUGCUCUCCCCGGUCGUGUCCAGGGGCAUCCUGGGAAGAAUGUGCGGUCAGCAGAGUGACUUCAGGUGGAGCGAUGGGUCUCGACAUCAAGGAAAGCCUAUAAGUGGGUUUACAAAUAUCAAGGCACGACCUACAAUGUCUAAGAAGAUGCAGACAGAGGGUGAGGAGAAAAAGGAAAGCCAAGGAUGUAAUGGAGAACAAAAGAAGCCGACCAUCUUUCAUAUUCAGGUCUGAACCACCUCAGAUCUACAUGGUGGCUUUUAACUUUUACCCAAAUGAUUUGGUUGAAGAGAGACAGUAGAAGAUGUUGUACUGAGAGAAACCAAACAGUUCAUUCAUCCCCAGGAAACCGAGUAUCUCUAAAACUGUAUAAAAUUUAACAUUUCUCCAGCAGGAACCUUUUUCUAAGAAUCUUAAUUAUUAUUAUUAUUUUAAUUUUUUUUAACAAUGUCCUGUCUGGAAAUGUGGCAAUAAGAAUAAUUGUCUUGAUGCCAAAAAGAGCCCAACAGAUUUUGCUUUCACAAGUGGAUCAGUACGGCUAUCACCAUAGAGUUCCCCUUCGUUUAUGCAUAUAAAUUGCUUUAUUAUAAUUAUGCAGGGAGUUUUACGGAUUAUAUAGACACUGCAAUGUAAGUAGAACAGGAAAGGAAAAACAGGAAAAAUGAGAAAAUAUGAAAGAAA